AUGGCUGCCCCUACCGUCAAGCUGAACAGUGGUUUUGAGAUGCCCCUCGUGGGCUUCGGCCUAUGGAAGGUCAACAACGACACUUGUGCCGACCAGAUCUACAACGCUAUCAAGGCUGGCUACCGCCUGUUCGAUGGCGCUUGCGACUACGGUAAUGAGGUUGAAGCCGGCCAGGGUGUCGCUCGGGCCAUUAAGGACGGCCUCGUCAAGCGCGAAGAGCUCUUCAUCGUCUCCAAGCUCUGGAACAGUUUCCACGAAGCCGACAAGGUUGAGCCCAUCGCGCGCAAGCAACUUGCCGACUGGGGUGUUGAUUAUUUCGAUUUGUACAUUGUUCACUUCCCCAUCGCCCUUAAGUAUCUCGAUCCCUCCGUGCGAUACCCGCCCAGCUGGACUACUGCCGAUGGCAAGAUUGAGCUCGCCAAUGCACCCAUUCACGAGACCUGGGGUGCGAUGGAGACUCUCGUCGACAAGAAGCUGGCCCGUAGCAUCGGUGUCAGCAACUUCAGCGCACAGCUGCUCAUGGAUCUGCUGCGCUACGCCCGUGUUCGCCCCGCCACCCUGCAGAUCGAGCACCACCCGUACCUCACACAGACUCGCCUGGUCAACUAUGCCCAGGAGCAGGGUAUCGCUGUCACUGCUUACUCCUCCUUUGGCCCUCUGAGCUUCAUCGAGCUCGAUCUGAAGCAUGCUAAAGAUACCCCGCUGCUCUUUGAGCAUGCGACUAUUAACUCUAUUGCGGAGAAGCACGGCCGCACUCCCGCUCAGGUUCUGCUUCGUUGGUCUACACAGCGUAACAUCGCUGUUAUCCCCAAGAGCAAUGACCCUACUCGUCUUGCUCAGAACUUGCAGGUCACUGACUUUGAUCUGGAGUCUGGUGAUCUUGAAGCCAUUAGCGCUUUGGACAAAGGCCUGCGUUUCAAUGACCCCAUGGCUUAUGGCCUCGGUAUCCCCAUUUUCUAA